AUGGGUGAGCUUGUCCAGGGCGGUGCUCGGACUCGGCAGGAUCCGAUCACUUAUUUCGAGCAGCUCUUUGCUCACUAUGUGGCCGUGUCCGCAAAUCUCCUGGAGCCACUGUGCGGCACUAUUCUGGUGGCAGUGGCUGCAGUAAUGCUAAUGACUUCUGUUGCGCCGGAAGAGCCCUUGGACCUGUACGGUGAGGCCGUCACCGACCUCCUCGGACGGGUGGAGUCGCUAGCACACAAGGUGGUGAGCUGGGUCGGUGGAAUCAAGGAUGGCUAUGUUCACCGGGGCAAGCUAGGCGAUCUGCCGCAGAGGUCAAGGCAGCCCAUCUCCAGCACUCUGCAGCAGCGGGCGCUAGUGCUUCUUUUCAGGCUGCUGAGGCCACAAUCAUCCGGACUGUUGCCGCCACGUGACAAUCUUCCAUACCUGGUCCAAGGAAGCGCCUCGCAUGAUCAUGUGCAAAGCGUCGACACUGCCCACAUCGUCCACGUCUCGACAGGCAAUAUUCUGGAAGCUUUGCUGGACAACAAGCGACUGCUCCAGAUCCACAGGCAGCAGCACCUGUUCAGCGAUGUGCCAAGUAUGAGCAUUGACGACGUGCUGCGCGAGGUUGUUGGAAACCUUUUGGAGCCAGGCCUGCAAGCUGCAGGACAUGGUCAAGAUCUUGGAGCACAGGAAAGGGAUCUUCAUUUCCUUCUCGUUCGCAAGCUCAAGGCGACAUGGGAGAGGCUGCUACCUGCCUUGGCAGCCUUUCUAAGCCAUGCCGAGGAGGAUGUUCUUGAGGCUUCCCUUGCGUCCGAUGAUUGUGGCUCGGCCCUGUCGGCCCUACAAACUCGAGGACGCACCCUGAGCUCGGAGACGGAUGACGCGUGGACUGAGGUAAUGUCCUCAAUUGUUCCCAUGGUGCAGAAUUUAGUCUUCAAGGACGGGGAGCUGGCAGUGGCCGAGGAGAUGAAGCAAGCGAUGGGCGGGGCAUGCCUGCGGAUGGAGGAAUACCGGACCAGUACUAUCCCCUUCUCCGACUUCUGGCAGUGCGGCGCUGAAUCCCACGAUAACUUCGGCGACAGCGCCUACACUCCGUCAGAGCGGGUGAUUGAUAAGCUCACACUGCUCUCCGGUGUACCAUUGCGCACCUGGGCCCGACUCCAUUUGCAUUCAGGCAAUGAAAGCGACGCAUUGUAUGGAAAGUGGUGCGGAAUGCCGGCGCCACCGGAGCACGAGGACGAGAUGGGCCGGCCGGUGGGGGCGCGCACCUUCUGGGAGGAGUGCGUAAUGCGCAAUGCUGGAUACUUCAACGCGCUUGUUUGUGACACCAAUGGCUCCUACUCCGUGUUGGGUUUGGCUGCGCUGAACCACGGGGUCUGCUACCCGGCGCACAACCAUGACAAUCAGGAGGCUUACUGGCAACUGGGAGGGCCAGGGUGGUGGAAGACUUGGCCAAAAUCCUUCCACAAGCAGCCGAACGAAAGGCCAUAUUCAGAGAUUAGGGUUACAAGUCCAUCUGCCGGCCUACAGCUUCACAAUCAUCCAGGUGGUGUUGUGCACGAGAUGGACACAACACACGACGACGACUACCUUUUGACGGUGUACUGGUGGGGCAAACCCGCCGGCAUUGCCACCAACUAUGCUUACAGCCAUAACGUGCAAGAGCAAGGAUCCUGCUUUAAAACGUACAGAACCGAACAUGCCGAUGUGCAGCAUAGCUGCCCCAAUCCUUACCGACCUCCUUGGGCCCCCAUGGUACGACGAACCAAUGCCGAGCCCUGA